UACUUCGCGUAUACCCGUCACGCUUGUGCAACAGCACGUGCCUUGCCUGGCUUGGAGAGUUUCAAACAUGAAGGAAAAGACGGUCGCACCGGCGGAAAGCGAGCAACCUGCAAAGGAGAAGAAAAAUGAACCAGAAAAGGAAUUGGAACUCACGGAGGAAGACAAGCAGCUUCAGGACGAUCUGAAUUUGCUCGUUCACCGCCUCGUCGAGAAUGAUUCUUCACUGUACCUCAACGCUCUGGAGAGCCUUCGUACUCAGAUUAAGGCCUCGACCACAUCGAUGACGUCGGUGCCGAAGCCUCUGAAGUUUCUCAAACCCCAUUACAAGACGCUGCAGGAGGUCUACGAAAAGAUCACCGAUGAAAAAACGAAGAGAUUUUGUGCCGACAUCGUAUCCAUCUUGGCAAUGACCAUCAGCGAGGAACGGGAGUGUCUCAAGUACAGACUUCUUGGAUCACGAGAAGAGAUUGGUUCCUGGGGCCACGAAUAUGUGCGGCAUUUGGCAGGCGAGAUUGCCCAGGAGUGGGUCGAAGUUGAUGAAGAGAGGCGAGCGGCCCUGCUCGGUCUGGCCAAGCAGAUUGUGCCAUAUCACAUGGCACACAACGCGGAGGCAGAGGCCUGUGACCUGCUCAUGGAGAUCGAGCAGUUGCAGCUGCUGCAGGAAUAUGUUGACAAGGAGGCCUUCCCAAGGGUCUGCUUAUACCUUACAAGCUGUGUACCCUAUGUCCCCGAGCCCGAAAACACCAACCUCCUGAAGACCGCCAUGGAGAUCUUUCUCAAGUAUGAGCGCUACCCUGAAGCCCUGCGUCUGGCCAUGCAACUGAAUGAGCAAGAUGCCAUACAGCUUAUCUUCAUGAAAUGCCCCGAUGUGGACAUCCUCAAGCAGAUGGCAUUCAUGCUAGGUAGACAACAAAUGUUCCUGAAGCCUAAUGAAGCUAUUGCCAACUACGAAGACCUUUCAGACAUAGUUUCCAACUCUGCACUCAACGACCACUUCAUGGGUCUGGCUCGAGAGCUGGACAUCACUGAGCCAAAGACUCCCGAGGACAUUUACAAGUCCCACCUUGACAACUACAAGUAAUGGCCAUCAUUUGGGCCUGGCGGCAGUGUGGACUCUGCCCGACAGAAUCUGGCAUCCAGCUUUGUCAAUGGGUUUGUCAAUGCUGCUUUUGGCCAAGAUAAGCUUCUCAUGGAAGAUGGAAACAAGUGGCUGUACAAGAACAAAGAACAUGGCAUGUUUAGUGCUACAGCAUCGCUGGGCUUGAUUCUGCUGUGGAAUGUUGAUGGAGGGCUUGCACAGAUCGACAAGUACCUGUACUCAACAGAAGACUACAUCAAGGCAGGAGCCAUCUUAGCCUGUGGCAUUGUCAACUGUGGUGUGCGCAAUGAAUGCGACCCUGCACUCGCUCUUCUGAGUGAUUACGUUCUUCACAACACCAUGCUCAUGAGGAUUGGAUCUAUCCUCGGAUUGGGCCUGGCGUACGCAGGAUCCAACCACAGUGAGGUCAUUCCUCUGCUGCUUCCCGUUUUCACAGAUCCAAAGUCCACAAUGGAGGUGCUAGCUGUGACUGCCAUCGCCUGUGGCAUGGUGGCGGUCGGCUCUGGCAAUGGCGAUGUCACGUCGACCAUCAUGACAGCCCUUCUGGAGAAGUCAGAGACUGACCUGAAGGACACCUACGCUCGCUUCCUUCCUCUCGGCCUGGGCCUGUGCUACCUAGGCAAGCAAGAGGGUGCUGAAACAAUCACGGCUGCUUUAGAGGUGCUGCCAGAGCCUUUCAGAAGUAUGGCAACCACACUCGUGGACAUCUGUGCAUAUGCCGGCACUGGCAACGUGCUCAAGAUCCAGCAUUUGCUACACAUUUGUAGUGAGCAUUAUGAAGCCAACGAAAAGGAAGAAAAGAAGGAUGAGAAGAAGGAUAAAAAAGAGGAUAAAGAGGAGAAGCCAGCUGGCUCAGUGGACUUGUCCGGCCAGCAGAGUGUUGCUGUCUUAGGCAUUGCACUGAUCGCUAUGGGAGAAGAGAUCGGCUCAGAGAUGGCCUUUAGGGCAUUUGGACAUUUGCUUCGCUACGGGGAGCCUGUGAUCAAAAGGGCUGUACCUCUGGCUUUGGCUCUCAUCUCGGUGUCAAACCCUCGGCUGAACAUUCUGGAGACGCUCAGCAAGUUCUCACACGACAGCGACAAUGAAGUGGCCCACAAUGCCAUCUUUGGACUUGGAAUUGUUGGCGCUGGCACCAACAAUGCCCGGCUGGCGGCCAUGCUGCGGCAGCUGGCACAGUACCAUGCCAAGGACCCGAACCACCUGUUCAUGGUGCGGUUAGCACAGGGUCUGGCACACAUGGGAAAGGGCACACUCACCUUAGGCCCCUACCACAGUGACCGGCAGCUCAUGAGUCCCGUGGCCACCGCGGGACUGCUCACCACCUUGCUGGCCUUCCUCGACGUUAAAAACAUCAUCCUGGGCAAAUCCCACUACCUGCUGUACUGCCUUGUCACGGCCAUCCAGCCUCGCAUGUUGGUCACAUUCAACGAGAAGCUAGAGCCACUGCCUGUUCCUGUCAGAGUUGGACAGGCUGUUGAUGUGGUGGGACAGGCAGGAAAGCCCAAGACCAUCACCGGCUUUCAGACACACACAACCCCAGUCCUACUGGCCUACGGGGAGCGAGCAGAACUCGCCACCGAGGAGUACAUUUCUCUCACACCUGUCCUGGAAGGCUUCGUCAUCUUGAGGAAGAAUGAGAACUAUGCAGCAUGAAACGACCUGUACUUACUAACUUAAUAAAAAAAAAUUU